CACCAGUUACUAUCAGCACCAACCGGCCCUUGACUUCGCACAGCCUUCUAAAAAAGGGCAGCAACAAUGGCUGAGGAGGGCGAGGUUUCUGCUCUGGUGUGCGACAACGGCUCGGGCAUGGUCAAGGCUGGCUUUGCUGGUGAUGAUGCCCCACGAGCUGUGUUUCCGAGCAUUGUUGGUCGGCCCCGCCAUACGGGUGUGAUGGUCGGCAUGGGGCAGAAGGAUUCCUACGUGGGCGACGAGGCACAGUCUAAGCGUGGUAUCUUGACGUUGCGCUACCCUAUUGAGCACGGUAUCGUUACCAACUGGGAUGACAUGGAGAAGAUCUGGCACCACACUUUCUUUAAUGAGCUUCGUGUGGCACCGGAGGAGCACCCAGUCCUUCUCACGGAGGCGCCUCUUAAUCCCAAGGCGAACCGUGAGAAGAUGACGCAGAUCAUGUUCGAGACCUUCAACGUCCCUGCCAUGUAUGUGGCGAUCCAGGCCGUGCUGUCGCUGUAUGCUAGCGGUCGUACGACGGGUAUCGUUCUAGAUUCCGGUGACGGUGUAACCCACACGGUGCCCAUCUAUGAAGGCUACGCGCUGCCGCACGCCAUCCUGCGUCUGGACCUUGCCGGCCGUGACCUGACGGACUACCUGAUGAAGAUUCUAAUGGAGCGUGGUUACUCAUUCACGACCACUGCUGAGCGUGAAAUCGUGCGCGACAUCAAGGAGAAGCUCUGCUAUGUGGCGCUGGAUUUCGAGCAGGAAAUGGCAACAGCAGCCUCCAGCUCGGCGCUUGAGAAGACGUACGAGCUGCCUGAUGGCCAGCCAAUCACAAUUGGCAACGAGCGCUUCCGUUGCCCUGAGGUGCUGUACAACCCUAGCCUAAUCGGCAUGGAGGCGGUCGGUAUCCACGACACUACCUUUAACAGCAUCAUGAAGUGCGAUGUCGAUAUCCGCAAGGAUCUGUACAACAACAUCGUGCUCUCUGGUGGAACGACCAUGUUCCCUGGCAUCGCUGAUCGCAUGACCAAGGAGAUCACGGCCCUUGCGCCGUCUGCCAUGAAGAUCAAGGUCGUCGCCCCGCCGGAGCGCAAGUACUCUGUGUGGAUUGGUGGUUCAAUCCUGGCGUCCUUGUCGACCUUCCAGCAAAUGUGGAUCGCGAAGAGCGAGUACGACGAGAGUGGUCCGUCGAUUGUGCACCGGAAGUGCUUCUAAGCAUAAUAGCUUGCGGACUGUUAUUCGGCCUCUUUCGGUUAUAACUGACCGGAAGCGGGUUACUCUUCAGUCAAGGCGGAUGCCUAUGAUUUUGCAAAAAUUCGAGCGGAGAUGUCAUCUUGGUUUCAAGCUGCGUGGGUGAGAAAUCAACUGUGGGAUCCAUGUCGACAGCUUAACAACAGUCUCUACCAUUUCAUGGUAUGCGGCUGUAGCCGUAGGCGAGUACGUCGUCAUGAGCAGCGGUAGUUUGAUCGUGCGAAGUAGUCUGAUAGGGGCAGGGCGCGUGGGGAUGGCUAAUAGAACGAAGAGGAUGUGUGCAUUCAAGCGAGUGGAUGUCGGCGAUUGGUCUAGGCCAAGCAAAGUGCGUGUAAGGGAAAGCUGGAUGACACGACCAUUGCUCGUGUGCUUUCGGAACUUCCACUCUUGAACUCAGGCCUAUGCGCUGCCUUGAGUAUCCUGCCGGAUAAAAGGCGGGAGGCGGUAACGUUAGUAGACCCUUCCAGGGGUAUAAAUGGUCAAUUACAACAAAACUGUAACAUAACGAAGCGCUGCACGUAGUACGAAAUCCGUUGCAAACGUGAAACCCAGCUACUUGCCAAUACUUAAACGCGCAUCAGCAUUGUGUACAAGAACGUCAAUGAGGCAUUGCGUAAAUUACACAUGUGAGCACUAAGAAAAAGCAGCUGUAUGUUGUCACGUUUAUUCACUAGCGCACAGCCCGCAAGUAAGCGGUGGGCAAAGCCCAGCUUUGGUACAAAG